AUGGCAAGCUCAGACAAGAAAACUAAAGGAAAGAAAAAAAUUGAGAUUAAGAUCAUUGAAAAUGCGGAUGAUAGGCUCAUCGCAUUUUCUAAACGACGCACAGGAAUUUAUAAGAAAAUCUCUGAGCUCUCUACUUUAUGUGGUGGGGAGAUUCUUUUUAUUAUUUUCUCACCGGCUGGUAAACCUUAUUCGUUUGGGCAUCCUUCUGUUGAAUCUGUCGCUAAACGCUUUUCAAACGCAAGCCAACAUCUUGAGGAAACCAUUGAUGCUCCUAUUGAGACUUACCGUAAGGAAAUAAUCAACUUGCUUGUACAACAUUUCAAUGAUGUCCAAGAGCAACUAGAUCUUAACCUGAGGGAGCUCUACGAACAAGACGAACGCUUCGCAGAGUUUAACAACUUCAUCUCUAUCACGAGGGACAAGAAGAUUGCAGCUAUUUCCUCAAUGGAGGCUCCGAUGGAUGAGGAUGUCCCUUCUUCCUUUCCCCUAGAUAUGGCCCUAAUCUGCAUGCCAGUAUUGGGAGUCCUCAAGGCAUACAUAGACGUGUUCAAGUAG